AUGGGGUCGCCUGCGGACAGGGUGUACUUUGCGGGCCACCACUGGCUGUACUUCUCGGUGUACCUGGUGGCGUUCGCGGCGGGGCUCCCGCUGAACGCGCUGGCGCUGGUGGUGUUCGUGGGCAAGCUGCGCCGGCGCCCCGCGGCGGUGGACGUGCUGCUGCUCAACCUGACGCUGUCCGACCUGCUGCUGCUCUUCUUCCUGCCGUUCCGCAUGGCGGAGGCGGCGAGCGGCCUGCGCUGGCCGCUGCCCUUCCUGCUCUGCCCGCUCAGCAGCUUCCUCUUCUACACCACCUUCUACCUCACGUCGCUCUUCCUGGCGGCCGUGAGCGCCGAGCGCUACCUGAGCGUGGCCUACCCGCUGUGGUACCGCGCGCGGCCCCGCGCGGGCCAGGCCGGCCUGGCGAGCGCCGCCUGCUGGCUGCUGUCCUGGGCCCACUGCAGCGUGAUCUACGUGGCGGAGUUCUCCGGAAACACGUCACAGAGCCAAGGGAGCAACGGCACGUGCUACCUGGACUUCCGGGAGGACCAGCUGGCCGUGGUGCUGCCCGUGCGGCUGACCAUGGCGGUGGUGCUUUUCGGGGCGCCCCUGCUCAUCACCACCUACUGCUACGGCCGCCUGGUGUGGUUGCUGAGCCGGGGGGCCAGCCGGCGCCGGAGGAGCCGCGUGAUGGGGCUCGUGGCCGCCACGCUGCUCAACUUCCUGCUGUGCUUCGGGCCCUACAACGCGUCGCACGUGGUGGGGUUCGUGCAGGGGGUGAGCCCGGCGUGGCGGGGCUACGUGCUGCUGCUCAGCACCCUCAACUCCUGCGUGGACCCCCUCGUCUACUACUUCUCCUCCUCCCACUUCCAGGCUGACUUCCGGAACCUUCUGUGGAGGCUGGUAGGGGGCAGGCCCCCCCAGCGUGGGGACAGCAGCCUGGAGCUGAAGGGGAAGGGCGGAGGGGGGCAGAGGCAGGCCUGA